AUGUUUAGAAUUACCACCGAUCAAUCGACCGUUAAACGAGCUGUAUGGGUUCAAAAAGAAGGAAGCCGAAAAAUGCGUUACUUCAUUGACCCUCAUAUAAAAAUAAUCGAAGAUUUAAAGAAAUUAGCAUUAGGUAAUUCUCUUGGGGAUUACCAGGCCUUCUUUAAAUCUAACAUUGGUCUAGAAGAAACUGCUGCUAUUCCAGCUGAUAUGUCUUUCGAAACACCAAUUGAAUUUCGUCCGUAUAUUUAUCAACCUCGUGAGUAUUAUAUUAAAAUUAUAUAG